AUGAGCUCCUCCAGGAGGCAGGAAUCUGCAGCGAUUCGAAUACAGUACUGGUGGAGGAAGCAUUUGAAAGCUAAGGAAGAACUUGCAGAGAAAGCCCGAAGGAUAGCGGAAUGGCGAGGUUUACAGGACAUCUCACUGCAUAAUACGGAACUUAUUGAGCAAUUGAAGGCCAUCAGAAGAAGAAAGGUUUGA